GAGGGCGGGGCCGGAGCUGGGGUGCCGCCUCCUCUGCAACGCCCGGGCUGGAGUCUUAGAACCCAGGGCCCGUAGGGGUCCCCGCGGCCGCCGGGAUGCAGAAAUACGAGAAACUGGAGAAGAUUGGGGAAGGUACCUAUGGAACAGUGUUCAAGGCCAAAAACCGGGAGACCCAUGAGAUUGUGGCUCUGAAGCGAGUGAGGCUGGAUGAUGAUGAUGAGGGUGUACCAAGUUCAGCACUCCGGGAGAUCUGCCUACUCAAGGAACUGAAGCACAAGAACAUCGUCAGGCUUCAUGAUGUCCUGCAUAGUGACAAGAAGCUGACUUUGGUUUUUGAGUUCUGUGAUCAGGACCUGAAGAAGUAUUUUGACAGCUGCAAUGGUGACCUGGACCCUGAGAUAGUGAAGUCAUUCCUAUUCCAGCUUCUGAAAGGCCUGGGAUUCUGUCACAGCCGCAAUGUGUUACACAGGGACCUGAAGCCCCAGAACCUUCUCAUAAACAGGAAUGGGGAGCUGAAAUUGGCUGAUUUUGGCUUGGCUCGAGCCUUCGGCAUCCCAGUCCGCUGUUACUCCGCUGAGGUGGUCACUCUGUGGUACCGCCCACCGGAUGUCCUCUUUGGGGCCAAGCUGUACUCCACGUCCAUCGACAUGUGGUCAGCCGGCUGCAUCUUUGCAGAGCUGGCCAAUGCUGGGCGGCCUCUUUUCCCUGGCAACGAUGUCGAUGACCAACUGAAGAGGAUCUUCCGGCUGCUAGGGACACCCACUGAAGAGCAGUGGCCUGCCAUGACCAAGCUGCCAGACUAUAAGCCCUACCCGAUGUACCCAGCCACCACGUCCCUGGUGAACGUCGUGCCCAAGCUCAAUGCCACAGGGAGGGACUUGUUGCAGAACCUCCUGAAGUGCAAUCCUGUGCAGCGCAUCUCAGCAGAGGAGGCCCUGCAGCACCCCUACUUCUCUGACUUCUGCCCCCCCUAGGUCCUGGGACCCCUGGCUGCCAGGCAGGGGCCUGGCCUAUUUAAGCCCCCCUCCUGGGAGGGGAGGAAGAGUGGGGGAUGGUGUGGGGUGCUGAGCACCAGCUGUGCUGGGUCCAGCCAGGGCCGAGGGGCCCUGGCCCACAGUUUUCACUCCUUCCAUGGACUUAUUUAAUUUCAUAAAUUGGCUCCU